AUUUUCUGAACGCAGACCCUCGAUAAACACGUCACAACAGUGAGCCUGAGCCAGCAAGCCUCCAAGCUCUAUAGAGUCUUACUUCAGUUUCUUCUUCAUCGAUUGCAAUUGUAGGCUCAGUUUCAGCCACUAUAAAGGUAAUCCAUAUCAUGACCGGCUAGAAUGGCGAUCAUUACGGCGUGUACGAUAAUUGAAGGUAAGUAUGUACCAUUUUUGUCUACCGCAACGUGCGGAGUAUGAGUAUAGUAUCAUAUUCAUGAUUGGCAUACUAGCCGGGUAUUGCACUGGGUUGGUCUACAUCAUCUUCAAUCCCUAAAGGUGCCGGGUGAAUGUUGACGGCUAGUCCAAGUUUACUGGGUAGGUCCUGCCGUGACCCUGCCUGAACCACUGUUUGAUCAACAUCGAAUCGACGCCGACUUGAUCAAACAAUGUUUCGUGUUUCGUGAUGAUUUCUGUACCCUAUAUAACAAGAGGUGGCCUACAUCAUGUCCCAGGCCAUCUAACUCAGAUCGCUUCAAAAGCGGUGAACCCCCUAUACCAAGUUGUUGAGCUCUUCGGGUACUCGCCACACCCCAUAUCCACAGCUCUACAUCGCAUGUCACUACCACUUACUGUGGAUUUGUAGCCUUUGGCUCCUGGUGAAUACUUCAUAUGAUGUCGGGCCAAAGCUUGACGUCUAGCCCUUGGGCUGUAUGUCGCGCUCGUGUUGGAACUAUGAUACGUAUAGUGCCACUUAGUCAGACUUCCAGUUUACCCUCUUCGACAAAACUGUCUCCCUUUAUCUCUUCGAGUUCAUCAAUUUCUGGCCUAGUACCUCCUCCCACCAAACCGGUCACUACGACACCCUCCGUCACACCAUCUGUUUCUCAAACAGCGGCCUCAGAAACCUGGACCUCCAUUGGAAUAUCGCUAUUACCUUCUAGUCCUCCUAAUGGAAGCACAUACCUAACAACUUCAAAUUCCAAUACAUUUAGUCGGAGUCUUUCGUCCCAACCCAGUGUUUUCGCGACUUCCACGACUUCUUCGUACAGUGACUCGACUCCGUACAGCAGUAGCGCCCGUACUUCCUCUACGAGCGAACUCUCUAUUAGUAUCCCCGAAUCAUCACAACCGAAGAGUACAUUGGUCUCCACUAGUAACAUAAGAAGUAUCGCUACAACAAGAUCGGACCUCGGAACAUCGAGGGAUCUUCCGAGUAGUACACCUGUCACCACCCCCAUUCUUUCCGGGAACGAGACAUCCACAUCUUCGCGCUCGGGGAUGAGCCACGGUGCAAUAGCAGGCGUUGUUGUCGGUGUCGUCGUCUUUCUAUUCCUCGUCGGCAUCACCUGUAUUCUUGUCAGAAGAAAACUGAAAUUGAGGACUCGGGAAAGCAUGGUGCGAGCAUCGAGCUUGGCAUCCGACUGGCCCAAUUAUCUAGUGAGGUCGCCAACUCCUAUUGAUCAUAUGAACGGAAAUCAAGGUGAAGAUCCAACUCAGAUACUCUCAUCUUGCGACUAUCCUCGUAGUGCUGCCGACGUUGAACGCCGUGAUGUUGGACCAUAUUUGCAGUUAGGCUCGAAUCCUAGUACUCCCACGAGCGCUGUGCAUGUUGUUUACACUGACAAUAGCAGCAAUGAUAGUCUGAGGUCGUCUGGUCGACUCUCCGACUUGAGCAGCAUUGGUGUUGCUCGAUAGCCACUCUCCGGAGAGUUCAAGUUGCGGAUCACUGGUUGAUGUCUUCGUCGGUGAGGCGUGACCAUGGCCGUAAUUGGACCCUCUUAUACUCGUCGGUCUUGAAAUCCUCGUUCCAAUCCAGUAAUAAUAUUUUCAAUCAUUUAAACAAUCUUACUUUGAUGUUGCUUGCAAACUGAACCAAGGUCAGUACAUGUCUAGGCUUGAAAAGACCAUAAGGUUGCACGAGUAUCAACCGCUGGUGCACCGCCAACUGGCAAUACACUGAUCAUCAGAAA